AUAUCGAAAAAGAUAAUUCGAAUUGAUUCGAAUUAGUUAGUUUUAAUUUACUAUCGAAUUAGUCGUAUUAUUUAAUUCGAAUUUUCCCAACACUAGUCCUAUUAGGUUACUGUUAAUAAAAAAUACCUAGUAGAUAACAACAAAUUAUGAAUAAGCAAUUAAAAUUCCAACACCUAGAAUCAAAAUUAUGUCUUAUGAUAUGGAUUUCAUCAAUCUGUUAUGCUAUUUACCAGUAUACUACUAAAUCCCAUUUGUUUUUUUUGAAUUAUGCAGACCCUUACAACGAUUUUGAGGUAGGAUGGAACAUUUUAAAUAAUAAAAGGAAAGACAAAUCUGAUUUUGAAUGGGAAUCUAUAGGUUUCAUAAUUUGUAAUGUAUAUCCCUUUCUUCUGAUUUAUAUUUUUACCUCUGAGUUUCUGCGUAGUCAGAACUUUAGUGCUAAGAAUUUCCAGUAUUUUCAAGUUCUAUUCACUUGUGCAUCUACAAUUUAUUUGUUAGGGUACAAAAUACUAGUAAUAAUAUUUAUUCAACUAAUUUUAUUUAGUAUAGUUUUUCUAUGGAAAAAUAAAGCUUUAACUUGGCUCUGUAGUUUAACAUGUUUGACACUUAUAACUUUUUAUAAAAACCUGAAUUCUACUGAGACUUUUUUAAAAUUUUUUGCUCUCAACCAUUAUGAAGCUUACCUAAAUAUUUUAGUUUUGUGUUGGUUGAAUUUAAAAUGUACUAGUUUUUCUGUUUCUUGUGAGGUCAAUAUGACAUUCUUGGACUAUAUUUCAUAUUGUUUUUACUUUCCGACAUUUAUUACUGGGCCUUUUAUUUCAUACAAUGAUUUUAAAAUGAUUUAUAAAAUGAAGGAAUAUGGUAGUUUAGAUGUGAGACUGAGGCAGUUUUUAAAGAAUACAUUUCGAUGGGUCUUAUGGUAUCAGUUUGGAAAUAUUUGUUUACAUUUUAUUUACAUUAAUGCCACAAGUUUUCAAAGUGAUUUUGUAAGGAACCUUGAUUUAUGGAGUCUUUGUGGGUAUGGUUAUAUAUUAGGACAAUUUUUCCAUAUAAAAUAUGUUGUUUUAUAUGGUCUAAGUACUAGUUUGGCAUCAUUUGAAAAUAUAAAUGUACCUUCUUUACCAAGAUGUAUAGGUAGAAUCCACCUAUAUUCAGAUAUGUGGAAGUACUUUGAUCCUGGACUUUAUAAUUUUCUGAAAUCGUGCAUCUUUAUACCAUUGCAGAAUCUUAUAAAAUAUAAAUUUAUAUCAUCAUUUGUAUGUUUUGCUUUUGUAUAUUUCUGGCAUGGUACAGAACAGUAUGUUCUUAUAUGGGCUACCUUAAAUUAUGUUGGAGUUUCUUUAGAAGCUUUAUUUUAUAGUUUUUAUAAAAAGUGGAUUAGAAAUGUUAGUAUUUUUGAAAAGAUAGACUCAAGAAAUUCCAGGAGAUUAAAGAAUAUCCUAGCAGCACCUCUUUUAGCUCUAUCUGCCAUUUCAAACUUUUAUUUUUUUGCUGGUAAAGAUAUUGGCAAUAUCUUUGUUGGUACUGCAUUAGGCAGUAGUAUAUUUAGCCAGAUAGUAUUACUGAUGAUACUAUAUUGCUGCUGUGAAAUUUCAACUGAAUUUAGAGACACAAAUGCACACACAAUGUAAAAAACUAAACAAAAAAUAAUCAAAAUAUAAGAUAUAUUUUUAUAUAAUAAAACAGACUUACAA